AUGGAAUUUCAUUUCGCGAAGUUGAAAUAUUUGAAUGGUUUUGGUAACGAAUUUGCAUCGGAAGAUGAACGUUGUCCAGGUGCAUUACCACUUAAUCAAAAUAGUCCACAACGAUGUCCAUAUGGUUUGUAUGCUGAGCAGCUUAGUGGGUCUCCUUUUACGGCACCUCGUAAUUCGAAUCAGCGAAGCUGGUUAUAUCGGAUUCGUCCAUCUGUCAUACAUAAUCCAUUUAAAAAAAUGGCAAAAGAAAAAUUUACAAAUAAUUUUUCAUCAUUUGACGCGGUACCAAAUCAAUUCAGAUGGCAUCCAUUUCCCUUCCCUGAUCGCGAAAACGUCAAUUUUAUAGAUGGCCUUGCUACAAUAUGUGGUGGAGGAGAUGUAGUAUCCAGGACAGGUUUGGCCGUCCAUCAAUAUUCCUGCAAUUCAUCAAUGUAUGAUUGCUGCUUUUAUAAUGCAGAUGGCGACUUUCUUAUCGGUAAGCUCAUGUCUGAAGCUCAUAGAAGCUUUGUUGAUUUAAGAUUUUCAGUACCUCAAGAAGGAUCAUUAAAAAUUUCAACCGAAUUCGGGCGUUUAUUUGUUGAACCACAAGAAAUAGUCGUAAUUCCACAAGGAAUUCGGUAUACUAUUGAAAUUGAUGAGCCAAGUCGAGGUUAUGUCUUAGAAAUUUAUGGCAUUCAUUUUCAAUUACCCGAUUUGGGACCAAUUGGCGCAAAUGGUUUGGCAAAUCCUCGGCAUUUUCAAAUUCCCAUAGCGUGGUUCGAAGAUCGCGAAGUGGAACGAUAUGAAAUUAUUUGUAAAUUCCAAGGCAAAUUCUUCACGGCAAUACAGAAGCAUUCGCCAUUCGAUGUUGUCGCAUGGCAUGGCAAUUACGUUCCAUAUAAAUAUGACUUAAGAAAAUUUAUGGCAAUCAAUACUGUUUCAUAUGAUCAUGCCGAUCCAUCAAUAUUUACAGUCUUAACAGCUCAAUCUACCAGAUAUGGAACUGCUAUAGCAGAUUUUGUCAUUUUCCCACCUAGGUGGGGAGUGGCAGAAAAAACUUUCCGACCACCUUAUUAUCACCGAAAUUGCAUGAGCGAAUUUAUGGGGCUAAUCAUCGGUACGUAUGAAGCAAAGAAAUGUGGUUUUAAACCUGGUGGUGGAAGUUUGCACAGUAUUAUGAUACCACAUGGCCCAGACGCAUCUUGUUUUGAGAAAGCAUCUACUGAAGAACUACUACCGCAGCGAAUAGCUGAGCAUACUAUGGUGUGCGAAUAUUUAUUUCUAGAAAAUUUCAAGUUUUUUCAGGCUGGCAAGAGUUUCAUGUUUGAAAGUUCACUAAGCAUGGUUGUAACUGACUGGGCUGCUAACAUGAAUGUUGAUAAAACUUAUUAUAAGGAUUGGCUAUCCUUAAAAAAACAUUUUUCCAUGAUUCGGUGUGUUUUAAACGAAUUUUAUGGUGUUUAA